GCAACACCAUCGAGCAUCAGCUUAGCCAACAUCAGAGUGGCAAGCAUGACAGACACAGAAGGAGUCUGUUCGUUCGUCGUGCUGGCGGUUUAUCUGAGGCUUGGCCAGUCAGACUGCUGCAGCUACCGACAUUGAAAGGCUCGGUGAUUCUGUCCCUCGUGAGACGGGGACCUUGAGAAUCGGAGUGCAGAUGCAGCUGAUCGCGUCAUCGUGAGGUUACGACGGAGGGUCUCCGAUCGUCGUUGUGGACACCCCGCUCGGUCACCACCAACGGCAGCGACGAAGUCAGAGACGAUCGCAGCGACCGCUCCUUACGUGUAGCCCGGUGCGAUAUCCGCCGAAAAUUCAUUUCUGGAAGCCGAGAAUGUCUGCGCAAUACCUGAGAUUCCCACCGCCGAGGUGGUUCCCGUUUCUAGCGACCGCUUCGUUGUUUCUCACCUGUGCAACUUCGGUGACUUUGGCGUUCCACCUCAAACAAGUUUCAGGAAUCCCGUACAUCAGCGAUACGAUAACGACUCCUCCCGAAUCGUGUUAUUUCGGUCUCUUCCUCAACAUCUACGCGCUGCUGCUCGGAAUUUCGAUUUGGAAUGUCUACACACUUGCCACCGAUAAAGAGCCCCUCGAAACGGUUGCUUGCUGCGUCGGACUCACGGCAGCUUUCGGCGUAGCUGUCGUGGCUAAUUUUCAAGAGACAGUCGUGUUCCCCGUACACAUCCUAGGUGCCAUGCUCGCUCUCGGAUUCGCGAGCGUUUACAUAGGGAUGCGGGUGAUUCUCAGUCCCUGUUAUCGGCAUCUGCGAGCUGUUUGCGCAAUAGGGUGCGCUGUUUGCUUUGUGGUCUGCUCUGUGACAGGUGGCAUUGCUUUCACAAAAUUCAAGUAGGUUAUCCGUCUCUCAUGGGAAUAUUCUGCUGGCUCAUGGCUCCUGAUUUCAAUCCCGAUCCCGCGCGCCUCUACC